GUUACCGAGCGCCGGCCACAGCGCUGGAGCCGCGACGCUCCAGCAUGGACGUGCCCAGGAUGGCCGAGGGCCUAUUCAGCAGCACGCUGUCGUCGUCCGGCGGCGGCCACCAGGCGGCGUCCUACCUGUCACUGGAGCAGAAGGUGGCCUUCAUCUUCGUGUUGCUACUCUUCAUCUUCCUGGCGCUCCUCAUCGUGCGCUGCUUCCGCAUCCUGCUGGACCCCUACCGCAGCAUGCCCUCGUCCAACUGGACCGACCACACUGAGAAGGACACGUUCGACUAUCGCAUUGUCUAAGCCGGGGGUUCUCAAACUUUGGGGGUCCAGCCGAGAGAGAGAUUUGACUCCAAAUCUUAGCGCCCUACGAAAUGACGUUAAAAAAAAAAAAUCCUUCAAUCUAAUUAUUUCUUCAGGAUUCAAAGUUUAAAAUUUUAAAUGAGAAUUAUGUCUGACUUUAUGGGCAUCAAAAAUAAUCUUUCAAAAAUGAAACUAUUUUUUUUUCCAAUGUAACAUUAGUUUAAUGAUUUUCAGCCAGUGAAUUUCAAAGAUACACAUUUUAUUUCUUUUUCUAUAUGUAUUAUAUGCUGUAAAACUCACCUUUAACAAGACUAUACUCUAAAUUCCAGAAAAAAAUGAUUCCCGUCAUUACAAAGCUCUCUGUCAAUUACUCGUCACUAUUCACAGCGAGGCUCAAAUUGACCUUCUCAAAAUAACAUAUUCAAAAAAUCGAUUGCUUCUGGACCCCCCAGUUUGAGAACCACGGGUCUCUCCUUGAAAAUGGCUUCCCUGAGUGGACACCCUCCCCCUUCCUCCUCCCUCAUCCUUCAUUUGUGGACUACCUCGUUCCGCCUUCUUGUGUGUGGACGUCUUAACAGGGUCAAACAGAGUUUACAUGCCAGCGUCUUUGCUAGAUUUAGACAAUCAGUGUUGUUCCGCCCACCCGAGUAGUCGACCUCCUCCAAGGCUUCUUCACGCCUUCUUCUGUUUCUUCUUCUUGGAGCGCUCCCUUUAACGUAAACCCUUUGAACAUUGGCGGUGGCCAUGUUGGACCCAAAGUGAGAGUGAGUGCUGUACCGUGUGCCUCCACAUGUUGUCCCGUGUGGUUUUCGUCACGUGACGUGCGUGUUCCUCAAGCAGGGUCACUGCCGGCACUUGGUAGGUGGACGGCGGCAAUGUCGCUUGUCUCCGUCCUCCCGCCAAAGCCUUGGCCAAAUGACGCCAUGGCCUCUCCGCCAUCUGUGCGCCUUACAGCAGAGGUGGGGGACUCCAGUCACAUGACUUGACUCCAGUCGGGUUUUACGACUCGGCUAAAACUUGCCAUUCAUGAGACUUGACUUGUCUUGGAUUUGAACUGUUGAGUUCAGUUGAGGGAUUUUGGAUUUUUUUUUUUUUUACAUUUGGCGAUUGCGAAAAAGCAAAAGGUACGAGACCAAAAAAAAAAAAAGACAUCUUACUUCAUCGACCGCUAUAAAAGUAAGCUAGCUUCUCUGACAGUUUAGCUCACUGAUGGACUUGACUCGAGUCAGACUAAAAAUCGCCCGUUUUUGGGACUUGGUGCUUGUUUGGCUAAAAUGGAUGAUUGCCAUGUUUACAUUUGAAAAUCUCAAAUUUUCUUCAAUUGGUUAGCAAGUCUGUGUCCUGGUUCUGAGGUUCCUGGUUUGAAUCUCGCCUCAGGCCUUGCUGUGUGGCCUUUUCAGCUUUAUUCAGGACUCUAAAUUCAGUGUGAUUGGGAAUAAUUUGUGCCCCUACGGCCCCCCCCCCCCUUUAGCUCCGCCUGUGUCUGUACCUUGUGACCAAACAAAAUUCAUGACUUGACAUGACUCAUCUGGACUUGAGACUCACUUGAAACUUGAACGUUCAAAUUUUCGACCCGCACAGAUGUGACUUCCUCCCACCUCUGCCUUCUAGUGUAGAUUGUUUACAGACUUUCCUUCCCGCUGAUGUCAUUAAAAGAGAGCACCCCUUCCUCCCUCUUCUCACUUCCUGCUGCCACAGGAAGUGGAGCGCUUGAGCCUUUCUGGCGCCGUUCUCGUCAUGCUGUUGCUUGAAACCAGAAGUCGCGCAAGCUUCUCUCUUUGGCUUGGUGGUGUGCAUGUCUCUGGCCUCUCCGUGCAUG